GGAGCUGAAGCUUAUUAAUCCCCAGCCUUGACAUGAGAUCCCAGUGCAGUUCUGUCAUUGUCAUUGCUAUUCUGGGCUUGAAAAGAGGAGCUCUUCAAGCCUCAUUCUUCCGUCCUCAGGUAGCACUUGUCCUCUCUGCUUUCUCCAAUUCCAAGUGAUCCUGCGAAGAGAAGUUCAUCGUCAAGUAAUGAGCGAGUAGAUCAUGAACCACGAAUUCCGAAGUUGACACUCGAUUGUCCCGUAGCUUUUCGAAUCACGUUGCAAAUUCGACACAAGUGAUCGAAAGCAGCUCCAGCGAGGGAAUCAGACGAGUGCAACCGGUGCGAUCCACUCGUGGACUCUAGCUUGCUCAUGAUGGUCAACAUGGGAGAGAAUUGUCAUCACGUGGCGGUUUCCACGUACAGCCUGCUGCUGCUCGUAGCAUGCAUGAUCGGUAGCACUUUCCAUACUGCUGUGGCUCAAACUGAGACACCCAGCGCUGCUCCGACUCCUCCUGCGGAUGACACCGGCUCGGACCUAUUUCCCAGUCCCGACCCUACAACCACCCUCACUGACGCUGAAAUUCUGAGGUUCGAGCGGGCCGCAACGGAAGACAUGGGCACAUACAACAUCGCCUUCACUACUACGACCGACUAUACACAUUGCAAUAUUCGAGGAUUCUACGAUGCAAAGAAUUUGACCACUCACACUUUGAUAACAAACUGCUUCAAUGAGCUCAGCAACCAAGUGGAAGCGUUAUAUGCUCAAGGUGAGGCGUUUUAUUCCGACGAGUACUACUAUCCGACUGGGUAUCCAUACUGCGCCAUCAAAUGCUUCACCAUCACGGACUCUUCUGCCUUCGCGGUGUCCUCUAAGCAGCUGAGCAUCGUCUCCGCAGCCGCUGCCUCCAUGGUGUUCUUAGCACUGGCCCACUUGUAAGUAUCGAUCAGAUCGUACCUUCGGUGAUCCUCUUUGGCACUGACUACGACUUUCAGCCACUGCAGGCUUCCAAAUUGAGUGACAUCCCACCAUCACUUGAUUCAAGCACGCGCAGAAUGACGACAUCGACUGAGCCCUCGAAGGCUUUAUUGGUCAUCAUACGCUCAGUUUGUAUUACUAGUUGCCAGAACCAUUCCUUCGACAGUCCAUUGGAUUCUUUCGAUAGAUAAUUGAACGUAGUUGUGAUCGGGAUCACGAGUCAGAAUCGGCUUCAGAAUUAAAGCUUAUCGAAAGUAAGGACUCAACAAAGGGAGCUCUUUCAGUGUGUACAGAUUCAUCACACGCUUGCAGCAUUGACAGGUCUAUACGCAGUGCCUGAUCAUUGUACCGUGAUCUUGAAUACAGUGAGCAAAUAUGAACGAAGUCGUCGAGGUUUAUGACGACGAAUGAAUUUUUCUCUGUGUAGCUUUGUUGUGAUCUAAUUUACCAUUCAUUUUAUAAAUUUAAAUAAAAAUUCAUUCAAACCC